UAAACUUUUCUCGCAGAUAGACUUUUCUUUGCGUAGGACAUAAGUUGCAGGCCUCUACACCGCAACUUGGAAGUUCUUAACAGCCAAUACUCGCUAGUAUGAUAUUGUGUCCGCGUGAAACAGUAACCUAAGUGCUUGAACGGUGCCGAUGCUACUCUGCCGGUGGCGAAAAAAUAUCCACCAUGAGUGACUUGGACGAUCCACUGGCUCAGCCGCAGACAACUCCUCGCAGCUCGCUAGGUUCGGGAGUGUUGUCCUACAGUAACUCAUCGAUAUCGCCUUCAACCAGUUCCAGUAGUUCCCAAGGAUCCGCAAAAUCGGCCGUCAGUGAAUGCCUCGGAGCAUGGCUGAACUAUCUGCAAAUCAUGAACAAUCUCUGUGCGGCGGGAUACCGCUUGGCUCAGACGAUAGCAGCCUUGGAACCUUGGGCUAGCCUGGAACAAUCUUCGCAGACAGGUGGUAGUCAGCAGCAACAGCAAUCGCAACAGCAGCAGCCAUUCAUUCCCUCGCAGAUACCAUCGCAUAUGGCCUUUCAGUUUAUUACCGCUUGGGAUGACCUAGCACGGGCAUCGGUAGUAGCAACCAGCACAGUGAAAUCUCAUAUCGUUAGUGUUUUGCAGGAUUUUAAAACGCAGCCUUUAAGCUCAGUUGAUCAAGAGAGUGAACUGCAACAUAUCAGAGAAUACAAUCAGCUCAUACUCCAGGAUAAUGCUCAAACAAUGAUAAAUCUUCAGCAUCAGUUCUGUGUCGCAUCCUGUGACUCUUUCGCACAACUCAUGUGCUGCUAUCAAUGUCAAACGCAAGUCGGAUUCCCUCACGAUCCCGAGUGUCCCAUGAUUCAACACCCGAUGUCUGCAGCUGCUACGAUUGCCCGUAAUGAUCAACGAUCUCAGACGCCGUCGCCACACUUUGGAAUGAAAAUGCAAGAAGCUCGAUUGUACGACCGAGGGUCAAUCUCCACUCAAGGUUCAUCCGAUCAUGGAACUACAGCCUACGAACAAACUCGCGGACCUUCGCCACACGAUAUUCGUGGACCAAGCCCCAUACAAGGCUAUCUGGACAACAUCCGUGGCCCAUUACCAAAUCCGGGUCAUCUUUCUGGAAUGAAAGCACCUUUCUAUCGUGGAUCAAGAAGUCCUCUGAACUUCCCACUGUUCACACUGAACGGUCAACGUCGCUGGUCGGAAGCUGCUGCUGGGGAAGUGAAUUCGGAAUCGGCACUGGAUGUCGAAAGUCAAAUGCGCCGAUGGUCAAUGCCUUGGGAAGCCAAAGCGGAUAAAUCCACCGUUCAUUGGAAUCAAACUAGAAUUAUGCCCAUAUCAAAACUUGCCGUGCCACAACAAUCCGGUGGUCAGAAAUCAUCAACCGGAGACCGAAGUCAAAGCACAACACCCGAUUCAACGUGGCACUCAUCGGUCACUAGCCAGGAUGGUUUAGUCGAGGCAAUACAACUGUUGUCCUGCCGGCCAAUUUACCGCCUUCCACCGAUGCCGCCGCCCAGUAUCGGACCACCAUUCGUCGAAGAGCCCAGCAGUGGUGGGGCGCCCCAAGCACAGCCGCUGCAGCAGAACUUUUCCGCAAAUCCUGGCCUCUACGGAAUAUGGACUCAGCAAAAUCCACCGAGUGCAAUGCUUCGUCAGCAGUCGAUGCAAGAACGGGCCGUACCACCAUUUAUGCAGUACAUUCGCGAACAGGACAGCUCUCUCGAUGAAAACCCACCACUGUAAAGUCGUCAGAUGAACCAACAGUUACAGGAAAAUUUCGAAUUGCUCACGAUUUGAGCGCAGGUAACUCGAGACGCGCUCAUUUAGGUGUAUUCUCUGGUGCAUAAUUUGAAGGGGAUUCUUGCAGCUCGAGCUGUUGAACGAAACUAUCUUGUUUUACGAAUGAUCCUCGAAACAUGAGCAAUUCUGAAUUCGAAAAUCGUGAGGGAAACUGGAGGGACUUUAUUUAGAUUAUCGAUAUUUUUUUCCUUAUUAUGUCCAUAAAGGUAUCGGUGCUGAAAUUGGAAAAGAGUUAAUGUUUACGGCUGUACUUGCACGAGGUUGGUAGGGACGAUUGUGCUACACUCACAAGACGCGCACUAGUGAUGCAAAAUGUUUGCUCCAUAGCACUCAAACGGUUGCAAAUCGGGUCCUGGUCAUCUUCCAAAAAUCUGAACUUACAUUUACUGAUUUGGAAUUAUUUGAGCACUGUUGAGUAAAUUAAUUUCAAAUCUAUUGCGCACUUAUGCAUUUUUCAUUGUGGUGGGACAAGAGUAACACCUUAACAGUUGUACAUUCUAUUUUUGACUAAUAGUGAAUUUGUAUAGGAGUUUGUACACCGUAUUGCAAGUUCAUAACAUUGUCUUCAUAAAUCAGCAAUGUAAUGCAAAUUAAAUCUCGUCAAAAGUUGCUUACGAUAUUUUCAAAAUGUUCUCUCAAUUCUGUUUUUGAAACUGAAAGAGUGCCAAUCCCUACGGGGCAAAAGCGACAUGCGUCUUAUGGAUUGAAAUCGAUUAAGGUGAAUCGCUGUGACAUCCUUAUGCUCAGAACCACUUCGAAAAUUGCACAAAUAUCAGUUUCUACGACACGUCCAACAGUCAAAUUGUUACUCCACGUUUGCUGCACUGCAGCAUACAUGAAGUGAAAUAAGGCACCGAUUUUCGGGAUUUGUGUACAGGUAUUAUACCUCGAUAUAACGUAACUGUCAUUUUAGAUUUCCAUCGUCAAUAUCUUCCUAAUAACAAUUGAAUCAUACAAAUUAAUAUUACCAAUCGAUGGGGGAUUAUCUCAUCUGUCCAAUGGUGCUAUUACUUUGCUUGUUUAAAUGAUCGUUUGCGGGAAAUCGUCGAUAGAAGCCAAAAGUAACAGGUACGUUAUAUAGAGGUAUAAAUACCUAAGACUUAAAUGUACAAUGAAGCAAUUUCUUCAAUUUUUUGAAUAAUUUUAGUUAUAGGGAUAGACUCUCUUGCCCCGUGUGAGCUUCAUUUUUAUGAAGAUGAUUGUUGACCAAUUACCUAUUCAUUGUUAUUACUGUUCCAAUUAAUCACUAAUAGUGAUGCCUCAAUGCAGGUAUUGAAGGAAAAGAAUGUUUGUAAAUUUGAAAAUCCUUAUUUUCGACUCAUCAGCACAAAAUGAUUUUUUACUAUUUUUGUAAGACUUCAUUUUGGACAUAACAUAAACAUCUAUAAUGCUGCCUAGGAACACUCUUCAUAGUUUUAUGGGUGAGCUAGCAUUGGAAAUGUGUUUAUUUCCAAAAUGAUUGGGCCCCACCCAGGACAGUGACAAGGCCUAUACCAACAGCACGGUUUGACAGUAGGCAGCAUGUCCCGUGCUCAAAUAGUUUAUUUUCUGUGCUGGGCCCGCUGUCACGGUAUAAACUGUUGCCUACGAGCCUGCCACUGAACUGGCCCCACCUAACCCUAUCUCGAUUUUGAAGAUCUACUUUCGACAAGUUUUUAAGUGUCUUAUAGUUCUUACGUUACAAAAAACAACAUACAAGUGACGAUUAUGCUACAAACAGGGCUAUUCUGCACGG